GGCCAUCACUACAUCUCCACUCUUCUCAUCCCUCUGUGUGACCAAACCGAUCGUAGCAGACAUGAAGCUGAAGCUGACGCUCCCGAACCCGGGUCUGGAUGAUCGGAUCAAGUCUCACGCCGAGCUGGAGAAGCUGGAGGUGGAGGAGGCUGGAGAGCGGCCGCAGUGGGACAACAAAACCCAGUACAUGCUGACCUGUGUGGGCUUCUGUGUGGGGCUGGGGAACGUCUGGAGGUUCCCGUAUCUCUGCCAGAGCCACGGAGGAGGCGCGUUCAUGAUUCCAUUCCUGAUUCUCCUGGUUCUGGAGGGAAUCCCUCUGCUGCACCUGGAGUUUGCCAUCGGUCAAAGACUGAGGAAAGGCAGCGUUGGUGUCUGGAGAGCCAUCAACCCAUAUUUAGUCGGCGUAGGCAUCGCCUCCAUGCUGGUGUCCUUCAUGGUGGGGAUGUACUACAACACCAUCAUCGCCUGGGUCAUGUGGUACUUCUUCAACUCGUUUCAGGACCCUUUACCCUGGAGUCAGUGUCCCAUCAAUGAUAACCGGACAGGGUUUGUGUCUGAAUGUGAGCGCAGUUCUCCGGUGGAUUAUUUCUGGUACAGAAAUACGCUGAACACGACACCUGUGAUCGAGGAGACUGGAGGUCUCCAGUGGUGGAUCGUCUUGUGUCUGUUCUGCGCCUGGACUCUGCUGUGGGUUUGCUGUCUGAGGGGCAUCGAGACCACCGGAAAGGCCGUGUAUGUGACCUCCACGCUGCCGUACGUGGUCCUGACCAUCUUCCUGAUCAGAGGACUGACGCUCAAAGGCUCCGUCAGUGGAAUCAAGUUCCUCUUCACUCCAGACCUGGACGAGCUGCUGAAUCCAUCGACGUGGCUGGACGCGGGAGCGCAGGUCUUUUAUUCGUUCUCUCUGGCGUUUGGAGGACUCAUCUCAUUCUCCAGCUACAACUCAGUCCACAAUAACUGUGAGCAGGACGCGGUCAUCAUCUCCAUCAUAAACGGCGUCACGUCCAUUUACGCCGCCAUCGUGAUUUACUCCAUCAUCGGCUUCAGAGCCACAGAGAGGUUCGAUGAAUGCCUCAACGGUAACAUCCUGACGCUGCUGAACGCGUUCGAUCUGCCGGAGGGAAACAUCACCGAGAGCAACUACGACAGUUUUCUUGAGCAUCUCAACAGCACGGCACCAUCCGCCUUUCAGGAGCUCCAGCUUAAGACCUGCGACAUGCAUACGCUCCUCAGUCAGGGAGUGGAGGGAACCGGUCUGGCCUUCAUCGUGUUCACUGAGGCCAUCACUAAGAUGCCCAUCUCUCCUCUGUGGUCAGUGCUGUUCUUCAUCAUGCUCUUCUGUCUGGGAUUGUCCACCAUGUUCGGCAGCGUGGAAGGAGUCGUGGUGCCGCUGCAGGACCUCAACAUCCUACCGAAGCACUGGCCGAAGGAGGCCUAUACAGGUCUGGUGUGUUUGGUUUCGUUCGGUCUGGCGAUUAUCUUCGCUCAGGGUUCGGGUGAAUACUGGCUGGCUCUGUUCGACAGUUUCGCCGGAUCCAUUCCUUUACUCAUCAUCGCCUUCUGUGAGAUGAUAGCCGUAUCCUACAUUUAUGGGAUCGACAGAUUCAACGACGAUAUCAAGUUCAUGAUCGGUCACAAGCCCAACAUCUUCUGGCAGAUCACGUGGAGACUCGUCAGUCCGCUCCUAGUGCUGGUCAUCUUCCUCUUCUACUUUGUCACCAAAGUCAGUCAAGAGCUGACCUACAUCGCCUGGGACCCAGAGUCUGAGAAUUUCCCCGCGCUGGCGAAGCUGCCGUAUCCGGGCUGGAUUUACGCCAUCAUCUUCAUCCUGUCGGGCGUUCCAGCGCUGGUCAUUCCUGCGGUCGCUCUGUAUAAGCUCAUCAGAAACCGCUGCUGCGGUAAAAAGGAGAAAGACGCACAUGAAAAACCGUUCUACUCCAUAUCUGACAAAAUACAGAUGCCUGACGAGACCGACAAGAUCUCACACAGAUCGCUCGACUUACACUGAAAACACCCGGAACUCCACAGAACGAAGAGUAACAGCAGACAGACCAUACAUUGAGCCCUGGUGCUUGAGCGGCUCACGCGGGUUCCAGUCUGACCUGCAACCACUUUCCUCCCAUCAGGGAUCAAUCUAGAAAAACAGAAAAGACGUUUACAGAUGUGAUUUGCACUGAUGGCUGUUAAUACUCUUCUGUUGUUUGUAUGUAAAUAUGCAUAUGCACCUUUUAAUUGUGCUUAAGUCGUUGAAGAUAAACAAACCUUACAAACAUCCACACAACUCUCUUUCCAUCAGUAAUAAUUAGCCAGAAAACAGACGUUUUUUCUGAUGGCUUUAUGUACAAUGAAUUGGAUUUUCAUCUAUAUAAGCUUAUAUAGAUACUUAUAUAUAAGUAUUUAGCGGUAUUUGCAUGUUUUACCUCUCAUAAAACACUGUUGUUUUUACAGUUUGACUAUAAUAUUUACAUGCAAAUUUUAAAGUCUUCUAACUGUUAGAGGUUUGUGUAAUUGUACAUGUAUUGUAAGUAUUUUUAUGAUGUGUUUUUGUUCUUCUUAACAA